AUGGCACCAUUCACUAAUAAAUUUUAAACUAGUGAAUUUAUGAAUCCUUUAAAAGUAGAUUCAAAAAUUGAAAUAUAUUAACUAUUUAGAAAAUUUUGGAAACACAUUGUUCAAAUUAAUUAUUUUGUUUAUCUUGAAGUAUUCUUCAAAUAACAGCAAUAAUUAUUCAAUGUUUACAAAUCAAAAUAAAAGAAUUAACUUAGAGGAGGAGGUAUAUGUAACUCUAAGAAUUAAACUAAGCCUUAGAAGUCACUAGAAAUCACACGAAGAUUAUAAGAACUUAUUGAGAUCAAUACUCAGUUAAAUGAUUAGAAAAAAAUUAUAUCAAUAAGAAACAAUUUUUAUGAUGAUAUUGUAAUUUAUUCAUGUUAAACAAUUACUAUAUUUCUCGAAUUAUUUUAAUAACUGGAAUUUCCUAUACAAUAGUAUCAUGAAACCUUUAAAAUAUUUAGUGAUACCAUAAACGCUUUGAGAUAGAAUUUAGAUAAAGAAUUAAAUACUUCAUGGCUAUAAAUGUUUGAGUUUUAUUUUAAACUGUUACAAUAGGCUUUAUAAAACUUAGAAUAAUAUAAUAAUCCAAAAUAUUAAUCAAAUUUAUAGCUCUUAAUGAGAUAUAACAAAUAGGAAUUAAAUUAAAACAUAUGGAAUGAAUUAAAAAUUCUAAAUUCUAAUUUUAAUCAGUACGAAACCUUUUAUUUUUAUUAAAUAUUCUAGAAUAAAUUAGUUUAAAUGAGUAAUUAAAACAAUUUUGAAAUCUCUUUAAUUACAUUUUUCAUAGAUUUCAUUAAAAAUAAUGAUUAAUUUAUUUAGAAAAACAACUAUAAGAUAAUUAUAGCAGCAUUAUUUAUUUUGAUGAAUAGAUUAAGUUUAGUAGAAGAUUAAAAAAAUUAAAUAACAAGCUUUAUAAAUAAUCUUUUAAAAAUAAAAUAUGAUGAUGAAAUCUUUAUUGAUUUUUUUCUGAAAUAAAAAGACUAAGGUUAAUUAGAAAUUCAAAAAUGGUUAACAAUUCAUUUGGUUAUUUUGGAAUAAACUUUAAAAAAUAAUAAAGAUAUUAUUGAUUAUAUUAAUUCAUCAUAUUAAAUAAUUAAAGGAUAUUAAGAUGAUGAUUUUUUGUAAUAUUUGAACAAUAUGAGAAAUAGAUAGGAUUAAAAAAAUAUAAUAAAAGAGAAAAUCAUAAUUGUUGAUGAUUCAUAAUAAGUUCAUUAACCAAAACCAAUCGAUUAUUAAUAAUAGUUAGAAAUUGUUCGUAAAAAUGCAAUAAAAGAUAUUUAAUAAUAAUAAAUUGAUGAAACUUAUGUAUAUCCUUACUUAAAAAUCAAAUCACUAAUAAAAAUAUAAUAAAAUCUUGAUGAAUAAAUUCUCGAUGAAUUAAUUUUUAAUCCUUAACAAUUCACUAACUUGUUAGAAUAGAAGGAUUAAGAUAUAAUUUGGAUUAAUGGGAAAAUAAAGUCUGGUAAAACAACAUUAGCUAAGAAGAUAAUUAAUUAUUUAUGGGAGAAAUCUAAAGGGAUACCCAUUUCAAUUGAUUUAACGAAAAUUGAAUAGAUGGAAGAUCCAUAGGAAUAAUGUUUUUUAAAAAGCCCUCUUUCAGCCAAGCCAUUUAACUUUUGUGAUUGGUAGAUUUAAAAUUUUUUAAAUGAAGAAGAUAAGGAAAAGGUGUAUAUCUUUUUUGAUUAUUAUGAUUAAUUGAGUUUAGAUUUUAAGAACAAAAACAUAAUUGAAAUGCUUGGUUAUCAAACUGGGAAUAAAAAUAAAAAAUUCUUUAUAAUUUCUAGAGAAUAAGUAAAAAACUUAGCAGCAUUUAAAGAUUACCAUUAAAGAAUUAUUGAAAUUGAAAUAAAAGAAUUUAAUGAAAAAUAGUAAAAAGAUUAUAUUGAACUUACAAUGAACAAAUAAAUAUUAAGCAAUAAUAUUAAUAUUAAUAUUAGGUCAAUUGCUUAAAUCAUCAAUAUUAACAUUGAUGAUGGUUAAAUUUUAAUUAAUUAAUAAGAACAUUAUUAAUAGAUUGAAUUUUCAUAAAAUUAAUAGGGUUAAUAAUUCAAAAAAGAUUUAUAAAAGAUUUUAUUAAAUUUGAAAUAAUUAAACUUCCUUAUGUAGAAUACAUUCGUUGAUUGCUUCUCAUUUCAUUAUUAAUUCAAACUUUUGAUUAAUUUAAGUUUAUCUCUAAAUCCUAAGAGUCAAUAAAGAUAAUUAUAGAUCUCUUAAGGAUAAUCUAUAUACUAAAUAUCUAAUUUUAAAAAUUUAAGAGAAAAAAAUUUUGAAAAUAGAAUUAAUAGUAAUUACUCCUCUUCAAUAAGUUCAUCUUCUUAAGAAAAGAUUGAUGAGAAUUUAGAACCAAUUGAUAUAGAUAAUAUUUUUGAUAGAAAUAUGUUUAUAAAAUGUAUUUCAAAUCCUUUGUUUACAAAAUAUGAAUAUCUCAAUUCUCUUGUUGAAUAAUAUAUUCAAGAUUCGAUUCAAGAAAAGAAUUUUGCUUGUUCAAAACACUCAAUAACAAAGGAAAAAGUAUUAAAAUUUUAAAUGAAUAUGAUAAUACAAGAAUAAUAACUUUUGAACAAUGAGCAAAAAAAUGAGAGCAAUGAGUAAACUCUAUAGAUAAAAACUAUUAAGAGGUUGUGUUUAAUAUAACCUAUCGAAAAAAAAAUCUUGAAAUCUUUUUUUAUAGCUAAAGUUAUAUAUGAAGAGGUUAUUGAAUUUGGUAAAAAUAAUUCAACUUUACCUUGUUAUCUUAAUGAAGUAAAUUUAUGUAAGGAAAAUUAUUCAGGAGUAGUUUCUUUACUUUAAGAGUAAUUAUCAAAAACAUCUAAUAUAAGGUAAAUACUAAUUAAUUUAAUCAAAUUAUCCAAAGAUAGGUAAUAUCAUAGAUCUUCCUCUAAUAGUAUUUAUCUUUCGUCAAUUCUUAAGCUAAAUUUAGAAAGAGAAAAUUUAGAUGGAAUAUUUAUAUCUGAUAUAACUAUCCAUGGUUUAAGUUUAUUUUAAGCAAGUUUAUGUGAUUCAUAUUGGGAAAACGUUGAUGUGAGUUAUUGUAAUUUCAAUUAAGCAAACUUAUCUAAUUCUAAAUGGAAUAAAAUAACAGGAAUAGAAGAACCUUAAAUAAUUACAGAAAAUGGAAUUACAUAGUUAUAAUUUAAGGAAAAGAGUAAUAUAAUUGGAAUUUUAAAAUCAGAAUCUAUAUCUAUAUGGAAUAUCAAUGAAAAUCUAGAAAUUUACAAUUCUAAUAAUAGUUAAAUUAAAAGGAAUUUAUUUGAUACAUAUAAUUACAUCAGCUUUUAAAGAGAUUAAUCAAUAAUUGCUGUUUCGAUGGUAUAAAAUCAAUAGGAUUAAAAUAAUUCAAUAAAUUCAUAAAUUUCUAUAAUCGAUUAUGAUAAAGAUCAACUCAUAAGCAAAAUAACAAAUGACCAUAAUUGUAAUUCAAUGUGUUUCUUAACUUCAAAAGCAAUAUUAUGUUAUGUAUCUUCAAAUUCUAACUUGCAUUUUUGGAAUUAUGAGAAAAAUAAUAUUCCAAAAGAAAUAAAGAAUGAUUUUAAAAUUACUACAAAAAUAGCAACAAAUAACGAUGAUACUAAAAUAGUCUUAUUAAAUGAUAAAAAUAAAAUUAGAUUAUGUAAUUUAAAGAGGAGAUAGGAUUAUACAUAAUAUAUAGAAUUAUGUAAAGAAAUUAAUGCUAAUAAUUUUUAUGUUUCCGAUUGCCAUAAAUCUUUGGCAUUGCUCUGUUCAAAUUAAGUUAAAAUUUAAGAUUGGAAUUUUAAUGAGAUUAAAAAAUUUUCAAUGCAAUCCAGAGAUAAUGAAAUUAAUUCUAUUUAGUUAAACGAGGAUUAGAAUAGAGUAGCAUAAUAUAAAAACAAUAAAAUCUCAUUUUAUGCUAUCUAAUUUGAAACUAAUUUAUAAAUCAACAUUAUAGAUUCAGAAAUUUAAAAUGCUUAAUAUUCACCUGAUGGAUAAAAUGUUGUAAUAUAAUUAUAAGAUAAAACUUUAUUUUAUAAUUAUAAUAAAGAUACAAUCUUUAUUGAAAUAGAGAAGGUGGAACAUUUAGUAUUCUCAGAUGAAUUUUUUGCUACAAGUUCUAAUUUAGGUAUUAAAAUUUAUAAAUUUCCAAAUUGUGAACUAAUAGGUUGGCUACCAUUCAAAGCAAAAUAAUUAAUCUUCAAUUAAAAAUCCUAAUAUUUGGCUAUAAUAAGUGAAUAAAUUUACAUUUAUGAUAUGAAAAAAAUAAUAAAUCCAAAACUUCUAGAUAAUAAAUAUAUUAAUUUAAAACAAGAGUCAAGUUUUAUUAUUGCUGUUUCAGCUAAUAAUUAAAAUAUGACAAUAGCUUAAAAUGGAUAGAUUUUAUUUUAUUAAGAUUAGAAAUAUUAAAUAGGAAUUUAGAAACAAGAUGAAAAAAUUCUAUAUAUGUGUUUUACUAAAGAUAAUUAAUAUUUAGCAAUUAGAAGUAAGAUAGGUUUUUAACAUAUCUUUCGAGUGAUAAAUUUUUAUACUUAGGAAACAAUUUAGGAGUGGACAGAUGAUGAUUAAAAUGAAAACAAAGAAUUUUCGAAUCAAUUUGAAUUUUUAUAGAUUUAGGAUAAAAUAUAUGUAAUUUCAAAUCAAAAUGAUCGAUUAAUCCUUUAAGCUGUAACUUAAUUAUUCGGAGAUAAACAAGAAAAUGAAAAUUAACAGAAAAAUUAAACCAUUAAAUUGGAACCAUAUGAUGAAAAUAGUGCAAUAUUAAGUAUGAGUUAAUUAUGCUAUAAUUUCUCGAUUUCGCAUGACUAAUAAUUAAUUGCUUCAUGUUUUUAUCAAGAUAUAAAUUAAUCAGAUAACUCUUCUAUUAUUGUUAUAUGGAAAUAAGGGGGUGAAUCUUUAUAUUAAUAGUGUUAUCGAUUUAAAAGUCCAGCUAAUACAAUGGUCAAUUUCUCAUAAUAUGAUUAUCUAUUAAUUCUUACUUUCAUGAAAUAAUAGCAAUCAAUGAUUCAGUUGAUAUGUAUUUCAGAUAAUACUACAUACUGUACAAUUCCGUCUCAAUAGGCUGUUUAAUCAAUAAAAUAUUCAUCUAACCCACAAAAUUUUAUUGCAAUGCAUUCAAAUUAUAACUUUUCUCUCUAUAAAAUAACAGAAAGUAAGUAAUUGGAAUUAUAAUUAUAUUGUUAAUAAACUGAAAUACCAAUUUAUUUUACUUAAACUGGUUUGGAUGUUCUUUACAUUUUUUAACAAUAAAUUUUUAUUAGUAAUGCAGCUAAUUUGAUUUAUAUUAAUGAAUUCUAUUCGACUGGAAUUGAAUAAAUUAUUGAUCAAAAUACAGGUUUCUGUUAUGUAGAUACUAUAACAUAUUUUAAUAAUCAAGAUAAAAAAAUUGUUAAUUUUACAAAUCAAAUAAAUAAAGAGAUCUGUUACAAUAAUUAACCAAAGAUGCCUGUUGUAUCAUCUUAAUUUUCCUGUGAUGGAUAAAUACUUUUGUAUAUUUUUUAAUUACAAAAACAAGAAUAAUAGUAAUAAAUCUUAAGAAUUCUUUUAAAAAAUGAAAAUCAGUAUGUUUAAGAAGAAGAACAUUAAUUUGAUUCUAAAAUUUAUUCUUUUAAAUUUUUAACAAACAAAUCAUUCAUAGUUAUAUCAAAAUAAAUACUGAUAUAUGAAAUGUUUGAUCUUAAUUCUUCUUUUAAAAAAUACAUAAUAGAAUUACCUAAUUUUCUAUGUGAUCAACAGCUCAAAACAAUCAAUGUACAUCCAAAUGGAAAGGAUUUUCUUAUUAUAACCAAUAGUGGUAAGCUAUAACUUUAUAGAUUGUAUUAAAAAUAGAUUAAAAAUUAAAAUGAUAAUUAUAAUUAUGAGUACAAUUUAUAUAAAACGUUUUCUGAUAAAGACUAAUUUGAAGCUAAAGGUUGUAUCAUAACUGGAUUAGAUGCUAGCGAGAACAUCUAAAACCUUUUGUAUUUAAAAGGAGCUAAAAGUGAAAAUAUAACUACUUGA